AUGCCUACCAUGUCCGUCGCUGCCGCUCUUUACAACGAGCCAAUCUUACGUCCAAAUCGACGAGCAUAUCAGCCUCCCUUUGCGAAUGCUCUUCAAUCGGGGACACCUCUCGGGAGCGGGUUAACUCAAGCCUGUACAUGGAUCUUAAAUGAAGGCCUGCACGUCCCAUACGAAGAGCUUAAGACCGGAAUUCAGACGAUCUUGAAGGACGGAUGGUCCGAGGAUGAGUGGGACUGGUUGAACACCAUUAAUUCGGAAGAUGGGCGAGCUUGUGCGAUGUACCGCUUGCUAUGGGAUACGGGGCUGUUCGACUCGGUAGUCAAGAUGGACGAAGAGAAUGAGGAAAGACGAGCGGCUCUGGGACAUGCUUACGGGGCGAUCGUCCAAGCUCUGGAGGGGACGAGUACGCUAUGGGUCGGUGUGGACGACGGCUACUUGAGGGCGAUCUUGCGAGAGAUUCAACCUUUCGAUCAGCUUCAAGCGGAUAGGGCGGUAGCCGACCUGAAGAUGCUUUCGGGAUUGGCCUUGCCCCUUCAAGCUACCAGGAGGCAAGAGCUCGCACUCCAGUGGAAGCGUAGAGGAUGGAGUCAGGGUGUCUGGAUGGGAGAGCGGUGGUCGGAAGGCGCUACGCUGGAAGCCCUUCAGAUCAUCGCAAAGUUCAUCAGAGCCAGAUUUUGCGCGGAAGACGGUAAACCCGCUUUUGCCGGAUACGACAUCCAGGGACCGCUACACUACCUGCGCCUGAUAUUGGGAGGAGGCAGGUUCUCGUUGGAAGAGUGGGCGCCGAUCCUUCGACUCUUUCGUAACCGCAAUGCCGAUGUGGUCCAAGACACUCUAUAUGACAUCGCAGAAUGCAAGGACAUUCUGGUCAUGCGUCGACGAUGGGCUGAUGUGCUCGCCGCCGCCGGACUGUUCAAGGAAGAGAGAGAGACGUUUUUCCCUCCCUUAGCUCACUGGGUCAAGAUGGGAGACCAGGCGGCAGCCCAGCUGAUGACCGAUCUCGAAUCCGACGUCAUGCUGUGUAUACCCAGAGGACUACAAGUCCGGAUGAUCGGCCGACAUUUCGGCAUCGACUUUACGCAGGAGAUCGAUGGAGCUUAUUGGUCCGAGUUCCUGGCCCCGGCCUGGAUGGAUAGGAAGCAGCGGAUCGCAGCCUGCAAAAAGGUCUUCUCCGAGUGGAGGCGCAACUGGCCGCACAGCAUGACGGAGAUGCAGGACUACUUCGUUCAUUUCGCGAUGGACGACGCAGCUGGUUCGAGCGACAUGUCCCUGCCUUGGUCGUUCAGGGACUUGGUGGAGAGAUGCCUAGGCUCUCACCCAGAACAGAUUGAUCCGACCGGGAACACCGCCGCCGACCUCGUCGACCACUUUCACCUCCUCACGAAAUCGUCGACAUAUAACGGAACCUCUUACGAUCGGAAAAGACAGUGA